AUGUCUGAGUCGCCUGUAAAGACCGGUGACAUCUCUGUGGCUAGCCAGGACGGCCUCGGUGAAAAGGCGGGUGUCACUGUGCUAGCUACAAAAGAUGAGCAUACACACAGUGGCGAGGACUUCGAUGAAAAUCCAGAUGCCAUUAUCGUUACCGGUGCGGAUGCAGCUCUUCAUCUGCUGCCUCUUCGAGAUGACUUUGACACUGUCUUAACCCUUCGAAGUAUUUUUCUUUCGUCUGGUCUCGCGUGUUUCCAGGCUGUGAUGUACCAAAUUUAUCAGUUCAAACCCACUGUGGUGACAAUCCAAGGCACUUUCAUCGUGCUCAUCUCUUACUUCCUCGGCAAUGCCUGGGCUAAAUUCCUUCCCCGUGGUGAUAAAUUCGAGGCUCGCUGGAGGGCGAAAAACGGUCAGGGAAAACUACCUUUCUGGAUCACGGCGUUGAAAAUUUUCAACAAUGGAGAAUGGAGCCUAAAAGAGCAUGCAAUCUGUUCAAUUACUGCUACAUCGGCCUCAAACGCCGCUCCUAGCUCGCAGGUAUUUGCAGCACAGGAUCUAUUCUACAACCUCCCCUUGCGCCCGGCAACUGUGAUCUUGAGCGUUAUCUCGAUUGGUCUGUUUGGCUACGGGCUCUGUGGAAUCAUGCGCCCGAUCGCAGUCUGGCACACCGAGGCCGUCUACUGGAGUAGUCUGCCCACCGUCAAGACUCUCCAGGGACUUCAUUGGCACAAAGUCAAAAACUCGAAACCCCUCAGAUACUUCUGGUAUGCAUUCAGUGGCAUGGCAUUAUAUGAAACUAUCCCUGCCUACAUCUUCCCGUGGUUAAAUUCUGUUUCUAUUCCGUGCCUGGCUUCACAAAAGGCCACUGGUGAGACUGCGAACGUGCUCAACAAUAUCUUUGGUGGAGCCACCAACAACCAGGGUUUAGGCCUAUUCUCGCUGUCGUUCGAUUGGCAAUAUCUCACAUCUUUCCAAACCUCCCUCCCUCUGAAACUGCAAGUCCAUCAAGCCGUGGGGCUAUUUACUUGUUUUAUCAUCAUGAUAGGCAUAUACUAUGGCAAUGCCUGGAAUGCGAGAUCGCUUCCAUUCAUGUCGACGAGGAUGCUUAUGAGCAAUGGCACCAAGUACCCUAUUUCCGAGGUCUUCCCCGACGGUGUCCUUAAUGAAGCUGCUUUGGUUGAACACGGGCUGCCGAAGCUCACUGGAACGUUCGCAUUUGCCAUGUUUAUGGCCAACGCAGCAAUUGGUGCCUUGGUCGUCCAUUGCAUUCUAUUCUGGGGCAAGGAUAUCCUGAAAGCGUAUAAAAGCGCGAGAGAAGGUAGAUACGAUGAUAUUCACCAUGAGCAUAUGGCCAAGAAUUAUAAAGAGGCUCCGUGGUGGUGGUAUAUCAUCGUGCUCGUUGGCAGUUUUGUUCUGGGUAUCAUUGUUGUCACGAAAGAGAACAUCACCUUGUCGGCUUGGGAAUAUGUGGUCGCACUCGUGAUCGGAUGCAUUUUUGCACCCUUCAGUACCAUCAUCUUUUCUCGCUUCGGUAACGGUAUUGCUACCAACAAUUUGUCCAAGAUGUUGGCUGGGCUUAUCCUUCCUGGACGCCCGAUCGGUAACAUGUACUUUGCUGCGUGGUCGCAUAACGUCAUUACCAAUACUGUCAAUCUUUCCAAUGAUCUUAAGAUGGGCGAAUAUCUCAAAAUUCCUCCUCGUAUCAUGUUCCUGACGCAAGUUUACGGCACGGUUCUUGGUGGCUUCAUCAACUACGCCAUUAUGAUCUCCAUUGUGUCGAGCAAUCGAGAGCUUCUCGUCGAUAGCAAUGGAAACUCCGCCUGGAGUGGUGCAACUAUACAGUCUUACAACACCAAUGCCGCAUCAUGGGCAUUGGCUCCUUACAUUUAUAAGAUCGGCACCCCAUAUGGAGCCGUGCCUCUUGGUAUAGUCGCCGGUGCUGGUGUUGUGAUGAUCCACGCUCUCUUCCAUCGAUUCGUUCCCAAAAUUGGAAAGUUUGACACUUCGGAAAUCAACCUACCGCAGUUCAUCCAAUACGCCGGUUAUAUUCCCUACAACCAAAGCCAGACCUGCGUUCUCUUCACUUGGAUCAUUGGCGGGUUUUACGUCCAGUAUUAUCUCCGAAACUACAAGCCACGGAUUUUCAAGGAAUACUCCUAUCUGAUUGCGGGAGCCUUUGAUGGCGCUAGUUUGACUGUUCUAUUCAUCCUCUCUUUUGCUGUGUUUGGAGCUGGUGGAGUGUCGCACCCCUUCCCAACAUGGUGGGGAAACAACGCCGACGGGAACUACGAUUGGUGUCCGGUUGCAGAAUAG